AUGUCGAAUGCAGUGGCAGGACCGACGACUGUGGCCGACGACUGCUCGCCGUGCUGCGUGGCGAGCACGUCGUCUGCGUCUGCUCCGAGCGCGAUCUUGGCUGGAGGCGACCCCGACUUGUCGCUGGUUUGUUGCAACGAACAGCAGCCGCGCGACCUGUUUGGGACGGCACAUGGGGAAUGCAGUGGCCUGCCGUGCUGUGAGUACAGCGGACGCAAGGCACAGAACCGGCAAGCGUGGUACCCGUGCGUGGCUUUCCCCACGUGUCAGCACGACGCGACGAAACAGCCAUUUUGCACUGGCCAGGACCUCUGGUUCUACACAACGGGCUACGAGUGGACGUGCACCGAUGAAUGCUGCAAUGGACUUGUGCUGGACUCGAAUGUCUGGCGCGGCAUUGAAAACAAUUCGCCUGGACAAGUGAACGGUACGUUCGGCGUCAGUGUGGCGCCCACGGACUUUUUAGAUGUGUUUUACCCCGACGGAAUGGAUGGACAGAUCUACACGGUACAUCAAAUUAUGCUGGCCAGUCCCCCUGGCUUUACGUUUACAGAAGGAUGCUCGUGUCAAUUGGCACGACCACUCAACGCGUUGGCUCAGGCUGAGCGACAGAGCACGACGUGCGAGGUGUCGACUUUUUUGAACGAAAAUCGGACGUACUUGACGGUUGACAUAACGGAAGACUUUCGGACGAACGAGACGUUUGUGUUUACGUUCGAUGGCGUGGUGACGCCAACGGGAAUCAAUGAUAGCGGCAGGCUCUCGAGUAACGCGACGUACUCGACAAACUCGAACCUCACGCCGGUGUUUUUCAUUUUCAAUGACACGGAAAAUACGGUAUUCGACACGUACGUCCGAGUCACCGACUUGACGAGUGCAAAGCUCUCAAGCGGUUCGUUCUAUCCAGAAAAUAUCUAUCCAGGCAAUUCUGGCAAUGCCAGUCUCACUUUCUACACGGAAGCUAAUAUCCCACAGGAUAGCUCCAUCACGGUCCGAUUUGGAUCCAAGUGGGGAUUCAAUGCUGAUGCGACGUGGUUCUGGGACGCUCAUCGUCCAGUGUCUUCUAUCGACAAUGAUUUUCCUGCUUUGGUAGCCUUGAGUGCCGAGACAGCAGACAGCAAGGUUAAUAACUUCAAGUCCUCGUCGUACUCGUCUUUGGAUAACUCGUGGACACUGGUGGCCGAAGAACCUUUCCCGAUCGGCUGGGUUAGCCUCGGUGUGGAUACGGUGAAAAACCCGUCCGUAGCUUACUCAGGACUGGAUGCCAUCACGAUAAACGUCCGCAAUUCCCAAGAUCUGUUGAUUAUCGAUGGGACGAUCUCGGCCAUUUCAGUCUACCUGUCAUCGGGUGCUACUGCCAGCCCGUACAAUUACGUCACAAUGGUCGUACUCGUGGGAUCGCUAGCAUUUUGCACUGUAGCAAUUCGGAAAAACGGGCUGUCAUUUUCGCUGGGCUCCAUUUGGACCGAUAUUACAGCGAUCUGUACUGUGCUGGCAUUAGCCACAGCCAUUUUGAACAACUUGGUCUGGCUUUUCAGGCAUAGUAGCACGUACUUUUACAUCAUGCACGUGUAUUUGUGCUUCACGUUUACGAUGCUGACAGCCGUGUGCUUUCACUGGGGAACUGUGCUGAGUUUACGUCUACGAAAGCUGCCGAAGUUUACGACGUCUGUGGCGUUCGUUGUGCUGAACAUGCUUUUCUACGCGCUCCAGGUUUGCUACUUACUCACUUACCAGACACUGAUUUCGCGUGUGUACGACUCUGAGAACGAUAUCACGACACUCGCAUACCAGCAGUGCAAUAAAGAUGCCGACACGUCUGCUACCGUCUUUUCCGAAAUCCAAGGCUAUCUGUGGGCAUGCUACGCUGAAGAUGACCAUAGUUUUUUCCUGGCGUCUACUUCCGUCACUUAUGGCAUCUUUCUCGUGCUGACGUUUGUAGUGAUGGCAUUGGGUAUGAUGGUCAUGCGUCGUGGCAAGUUGUUGCUGGGUAAUGCGUCGGGUCCUCAUGAAGUUGUUUUGGUAAAGGCUUUGCGUCUAUACUAUACACUCAUCGGCAUCGUCACGCUCGUGUAUCUUCUCUCAUGGGUUGUUCAGAUUAUUUCGCGCACUACGCACGGGAUCGCGUACCCUUGGUUUUACAUCUUUACGGUUUGGUUGCCGUGCUCCAUUCCUCCGUGCUGUUUGAUCUUUUUGCAAUGGAAUGCUACCGCGCAGUCCCUGCGUGACGCUAGUCACGAAGUGCCCAGCGACUGCAGUCCUUUGUCGGAGUCGGCCUACGCGGAGAUCCGAACGCCCAGCUUCACGUUCAGUACAGUGGAUCGGUGGACGGAAUCUUCGUUGGAAAAGAUUGAAGGGAUUGUGGCAAGUGGAGGAGCAACUACGGUCGAUGCGUUGUCGAGUAGGCUUUCGCUGAAGAAUUCGACGAUCUCACCUACUGGCGAUUACAUCGGUCUCUCCAUGUCGCUAGAAAUGAACGAGUAUUUUCCGCAUGGCUGCUUCAUUGCCAUACAGCGAUUGGAAGUUGAAGAUGGACGAGAUAGUUUGCCGUCUGCAUGGCGGCAGAUCAGCAAUACUGAUACGGUCAUGGCAAACGUGAAGGAUUUAGGUUCAAUCGCACAGUCCCACCAACAACGAUACGUGUACACAUUCCUGUCAGUACCACGCAUCCCUGUCGGUACUUGUGCCGAAAAGAUUCGCAUGGUGGUGUAUGCGCUCAACUCAGCUCCUGUUUCCGUGAACCACGAGCAUCAUUCUGAAAUGACUGCUGCUGACGUGUUGGCUGCUAUUGAACGUACGCAAAGUAGUCGCGACUAUGACGACGACGACGGCGAUAGCCAAUACACACUGGACUCGUCGCUGGUCGAGACGGAGGCGUUUAACGGUUUCCAAAGCUCGCGGGUGAUUGACGAGCUGUUUGAGAUGGAGUCACCGGAAUCCGGGGACAUCGACUCGGGAGGAAGUAUGUCUGAGUUGAACUUAGGGUCCUGUGUGAUGCCUCAUAGUCUGAAAGUGGUCGCCGAGUUCACAGUGUCUACAAGCUCUCUAGCAACAGCAGGCGUGCGGGCUGAGCAAACGGCGCUUCUUGCUACAGAGGACUCGUACAAACACUAUGGACCGAACGCAGCGCCACCAAAGUUAUUGGUGAACACUGUGAUUCCGAAGUCGGCAGGUGCCAAAUACGGCUUUAACGGCGUUGAGGGUGGUCUCCACGCUGCGGCACCGGCCAUCAGCAAGCAGUAUCACAUUCGUGAACAAGGCUUGUUGGUGGUAGAAGACCUUGCUGAGAGCCGCUUUAGCAACUGGAUUCCUCGACAGAUCCUGGAGGUUAUCAUUCGGUACCGCACCAAAGAGCUCCUUAUUGCUGAGAGUGACCUUGCGCGUCUCGAAGCGUACGACCGUUUGCGACUGAAAGGAUCAGACCGUGGCAUCUACGAAAACCUGAUCCAGCAAAUUCAGGACGACGGAGACUUGAAUCGUUGUCGAGAGUGGAUGCUUCAACGGUGUCACGAGCGGAAGGAGUACGUCGACCUGCUCCGUCAACUCCGGCGCGUCUAUGUGCUUCGCGACCAAAGCAAAAUCUACUUCAAAGCCAGCACAGAGAAGAAGAAUGCACAGCUGCGGUUCCUCCCGAUCAACCUGCAUCUGCAAGAGAUGUGGGUUGGCAAUGCGGACGCAGUAGCACGGACGAGCAUGCGAAGCAACAACUUAUGCGACGCCAAUGCGAAUGCGGCCGUGUACGACAUCGUGACCGUGGGUGCCAUGGCCGCGCACGUGUACAAGUUCAAGAACGGCGGUAUUUUUGGUCUGGAAGAGCAGCACGCAAAGCUGAAGCCUCGAGUGCGAGUACCACAGACCUCGACGGCUGCAUGUCAGCAGCCUCCGCUUUGGACGGAAGAUGAGCAGAAAGCUGAUGGCAUGGAGUGGGCCCUUGGCAAGCGAAUGGAUGUGUGCUUCCCACAAGCCGUGGCAGCGCUGGUCACUGCCUUCACGCGCAAACUCGACUUGGCGUUGCAGCAUGCACGGCCAGAGCAAGGCCACGCCAUGCUCAAGCAGCUCAGCAAACUAGGUUUCUUAUUUAAUGUGGAGAGUUUAGUGUCGACGCACGGGAACGAAGCGGGUAUGCUGGAGGACAUGGCUGGUGCAGUGAACGAGCUGCGGAACGUUCGCUUCGUGUUGGUGACCGAGCAGGAGGGGCUCGGCGAGACGGACGAGGAGGCCAGUAGUAACAAGUCGCACCGGUCUGUCUCGUACAAUCUCGAGGAGGAAUUCAAGCACAGUCCAUCGUCAUCGGAGCCUUCCGAAGCAAGUGGCAGCAGUUCCCGACACGACACCAGCAGUGCUGAUGAAGGAAAGGGAGACCCGAAGAUGGCGCAUCGUCCAUCCAUGCGGUUGAAGUCGUCCGAGUCCGUCGUGUCGUCCAAUUCGACCAAUGUGACAGCUUGCGCUGGCAUCAGCGGCGUGAUUGACGUAGACGUGUUUACAAGCGUCGAUGACGCACUCUCUGAAACAAGCUCUGCGGACGCCGGGGAUUUCGAAAGCACCGAUCGGAGCUCCGCGGCACGGGAUCACUUGACAUCGUCUCGCUCGUCGUCGUUCAGCGGUGUUGGGCAGCGGCUGCUGAGUACGUUCAUCAAGGCGCGUAACCAUCGACUGCUCGGUGGACCUGGCGGCACGCGGAUCAACGUGCAGUCGCUCGCGCCAGCGUCGGUCGAUCGACUGUUCCCGUUCACGCAUUUGGUCAUUCGCAUCAAGCUGCGCCUUGGAAAGGGGAAGCUGACGAAAGCGCUUCGUCACGGUCGACCCAUCAAGGUAUGCCCCGUGUUGUUUACCCAAGGGAUCAACGAGAAGCAGACACUGGCGAACAACACGGGGUCGUCCGUGACCCGCCUGCAGGACGUGAUCAACGCCAAUAGUCUCAAGUCCCUGCGCAGCUACUGCGAUCGCUACUGCAACUACACGUCCGCGCGGCAAGUCCCUGCACCGGGUCAAAAGCACGGACGCCAGCGCAACAGCUCCAUGGGGUUUGCGCCUUCGACACCACAGGCUGCCGAUCCUUCGGCCGCUCCUCUCUCCCGGGACGAGAUCUACCGCAUCCUGGGCGAGCUCGAGAAGCUCAUUGGCACUGCUGGCCGACAGGCGCGCAAGAAACGGCCAGAGAUCCUGCAGCUGAGCUCGGACUUGUGUCGCCGCAUCUCGGGCGGUCGCGUGACGGUGUGCAAGUCGGCCAAAGACCGCACCGGCAUGUCGGUCACGCUGGAGCAGGGACGCAUUCUGGUCCAGAACCACGGUCUCCGCGAGCAAAAGAAGGCCGGGAUCGUCUCUGUCAUGCGUUCCGAGGGCGUGCGGAUCGAGAACGCGCUUAAAAAUACUGGCCGACGUGUGUUUGCCUUUAACGCCUUGCAGCGAUCGCUGCUGCCCGAGGAAUACCGAUGUCCGCCGCAGACAAGUGGCCGCAACGUGUCAUAG